CUACGUAUGUGCUAAUAUUGUUUUUAGUAAUUCUUUUUAUGUGUAAUAAAUGCUACCUUAGCCUGCAUUUUCAUCAAGAUGGCUGAAGUAUUAGCAGGUAGUGAUAUUUCUGAGCAGAAAAAGAAAAAUAUUUUGGAAGAAAAGAGCCAUGAAGACCUAGUGAAAAUUGUAAAGAAACAACUGACUUUGUUACAAAAAGCAAAAGCAAAAAGUGAUGAACUAAAUGCAAAAUGUCAACAGUUGGAUCAAGAAAAGAAUUCAAUAGCUGUAGAUUAUGAGGAAAAUGAGAAGAAACUUUCUGAUGAAAUCAGCUUACUCAAAUCCAAUAAUUUAAAGCUUCUUGAAGAAAAAAAAAAAUAUGAGCAUGACAAAGAAAUGGAAAUUUCGGACCUUCACAGAGAACUUGAAGAAAUUACUUCUGAAAAAAAUAAAUACUUUAUUCAAUCUAGAGAUUGCCAAGAACAAGUCCAAUGUUUAACCAUGCAGUUAGAUACAUUGAAAGCUACAUGUCAGUGUCUGCAAGGAGAAUUGCAAAAGCUCCAAAGUUCUAACAAAGACAUAUGUGACGAAAAUGCAGUCUUGGUCAGUGCUAGAGAUUCUGCUUUGCAAUCACUUAAGGAAGCAAAAUUACAUUUAGAUAACAAAUCUAAAGUGCAUGAACAAUGUGUUGAUGAAUUCGAGGAAUUAAAAAAGAAAUAUAUGAUUUGCUUUGAUGAAAACUGUUCUCUGAGGUCAAAUGUAAAAUCUCUUGAAGCCAAAGUUGAGAAUGUUGAAGUGGAAAAUAUGAAACUUACCAAAAACAUCAAAGAGAUGGAAGCAGAUUUUUCGUCCAAGCUGGCCGAAAAAAAUGUGACUGAUGACAGCAAUGAUUUCUCUGUUCUUAUUAUGGAUAAUCAAAAGCUCAGAGAACAAGUUGAUUUUCUAAAAAGUGAAAUUGAUGAACAUAAACAAGACCAUAAUGAGCAUAGGCAUUCACUGGAAGAUCAAAAAGAAUUUAUUGAAAUAAAAAAGGAAAAUUCUCAGCUUCAGAAAGCUUUAAUAGAUCUAGAAAGUUCUGUUAAGGAGUUGAGAACUGCAAACAAAGAUCUUGAGGAAAAGAAUAAAAAUAUAUUAUUAGAGUUAGAAUCUUUAAAAACUAAACAUUCGGACACACUAUGCUUGAUAAAUACUAAUGCUGAUGAGAAACAAAAACUGGAAAGUGAAAUACAACGACUCACAGUUCUUCUUGAACAAAAUAGUUUUAGAGGUGAUUUUGAACAUGCACUACUAUAUGGUGCUCCAACUGAUAGUUUGGUCAAUAUUGACAGAAAAUCUGAACAAAUUAAUGCUUUGCUGGAAGGGAAGGACACCAGUACUAGUGCAGAAAAUUCUUUGAAGUGUAAUAAAGUAGUUGAUAUGAAUGAGUUUGGCAUUUCUGAACCUUCACCUGGUUUCGAAAUGGCUGUUCUUGAAGGAGGAGAUGUUGGGCAGUUAUUUCCAUCAGAGUAUGUUCAAAAUGAAAAUUUUCUACCAUCUGAAAGAAGAAAAAAGGAACCCAUUCUAAUGAUUGAAUUGGGAGAUAAUUUUUACAUGACAAAAGAAGAAAUCAAAGAUUUAUUAUUUAAACAUGAAGAGUUGCAAAAAGAAUAUGAUGUUAUUAGCCGAGAAUUUAAUUUUAUGACUGCAAAAUUGGAUACUUGUUCAUCUCUACUGCAAGAAACUUUAGAACAAAAUGAAGAGUUAAAGUUGAAAUUAAGUCCUGAAAUGAAGCUUGAUAUUAUAGAAUCUACUUAUUCAAUUGGAGCAUCCGUGGGGGAUGAGUUCCAGAAGAAGAUUUCUUCUGAUGAACAUGGUGCUUUUGUGGAUAAGUUGGUGGAAUCGGGGGAUGCUUUUUAUAAUUCAGAUGUAGGUGAAAUGAAGGUUUCAGAUAAUGUAGAGUAUCAAACCAUUGUUCCAGAAAAUAAUAAGGCAAAUAAAAAAAUUGAUGAAUUACCAGAAGCUCUCUCGGAAUUGGCAAAAUUUAAUACAGAGUUGAAAGAAAAGUGUGAAAUAAUUGAGAAACACAAUUCUGAGCUUAGCGAAAAGUUCGAUAAAAAAUGUGCUGAGUUGAAUGAUUUUAAUUUGCAACUUGAGUUGCUGGUCAUUGCAAUUAAACAAGGUGUUCGACAAAAAAUUAGCACAACAUACAGGACUGAAAAUGAACUGACUGAAAAUAUGAAUUUAUUAAAAUCACUUUUGGAUGAUCUUGUGUCAAGGUCUAAUAAUAAUGCUUUGAAACUUAAAACUAUGGAAUCUGAUUUAGAUGAUGUUGUGGCUCAAAAAUCAAGUUUAGAGGAAGAAUUAAUUCAACUUAAAGAAUUGAAUCAGUUUUUAGAAGAUGAAGCUUUGGAACUGAAAGAUGAAGUUGAGCAAUUAAAGAGCAAUCUGAAGGAAAUUGGAAAUCCGGAAAUGCUUCAUAAGAAAUAUGAAACUUCCUCAGAAUUGUACAGCAUUGAAGAAGAUAAUGAGUUGGAAGAUAAAAUAGUUGUGUCUGAUGCACCCCUUGAUAAUGAUGCAGACAAUGAAAAUGUUAGUUCUGUGACAACAGAAAAUAUCUUACCAUAUGGAAACAAAAGUUUAUGCAAUGCUUCAACUGAAGUAUGUAUUGUUCUCAAUGACCUAGCAACUCAAACUGACUCUUAUAGUGAAAUGAAGAAUGUUGAUACGGAAGAUGCUUUGAAUGAAGAUGUCUUGGAUGAUAAAUUAAGCCCUAAAAAGCUUUUAGAAGAAAAUAUUGUAUUGAAAGACACAAUUUGUGAUAAAUCAAAGCUAGUUGAAAGAAUUCACUGUGAAAUGGAUUCACUCUUAACAAAAGUUGAAGAACUUACCAAUGAAUUACAAGAAAAAGAAGAUGAUUUAAAUGCUGUGUCAUGCAAAAGAUCUGAUCUUGAAAGAACUUUGAAUAAAUAUUGUUGUAUCGAAGAACAACGAAUGACUGCUUUGAAAACUAUUUCUGAGGCAAUUUGCUCACUCAAAAUAACAAAUGUUGAACUAUCUUCAGAAAUUAAAGCAUUCUUUUCAGCUUUUAAUGAAACUGUUAAUGAGUUAAAUAAGAGAAUAGCUGAUGUUAUUAAUUUUAUUUCUUCAAAAACUGUUGAUUUGGAAACUGAAUGCUCCCAUGCAGCAGCACAUUUUAGUACCGUAAAAGAAAGCGUUUCUUCUACAACAAGUGACUUUGAAUUGUGGAUAAAUUUUCUCAACACCAGUAUUAACUCAUGCAUGGAUAGUAGUAGGAUGGAAAACAAUGAAUUAGAUAAACUUACCAAAACAUUUCUAAAUUCAAUAUCAAUAGAGCAAGAAUGUUUGAACCACUUGUGCUGUACUAUAUCCAAUGAUAUGCAGCAUUUUCAGACCACAAAAAAUAAGCUAUUAUCUGAAAUUCAUAACUAUUGUACAGUAAUUAAUGAUUCUGUGAUAAAGGAAUUGAGUGAGUAUAAACUAAAAGUUGUGCCAUCCUUGGAAAAUAUGGUGAAAACUUUAGAAAAUAAGUUAAUGGAAUGUUCAAACAUUUCUAACGCAGCUGAUGAUGAAUCUCAAAAAAGUAUGGAUGAAAAUGCGUCUACUGAAAGCCUAAAAAAGCAGCUAGAGGAAACUGAAACUAAAAUGAAUAAGUUUAAACAAAUUGCUUUAAAAUUAAAAAAGGAAACUGCUUCAUUUAAAAAACAGUGUGAAGAAAUGGAAGCUGACAAACAAAAAACUUUGAAAGAUGUCAACAACUUGCAACAAGAAGUACUGAAGUUAUCUACAGAAAACUAUGAGUAUUUACAAAACUAUCAGAGCUUGCAAAACGAAUAUGACAAAUUACAAGAUGAAUUUGAUGUCAAAGUGGUGCACAACAAGAAAAUUGAAGAUGAUUAUGCAAAUUUAUUAGUUCAGCACAAUGCUGGCAAAGAGCAAAUAAAUGAGUUAGAUCUGGAAUUGAAGAAGUUAAAAGAAAGGUUAGAAACUAUUACUUUGUUUAAGCAUGAAAUGGAAGCAAAGCAAGCUGAACUUGAAAGUAAAGUCAUAGUGCUUGAUACUGCAAAUCAGGAAAAAAUUAAACGAAUUCAAGACCUUGAAGAAGAAGCACAGAAAAAGAUGAUUGACUUCAAAUCAACUGUUGAUGAAAAUAAAGCUCUCAAAGAAAAACUAGAAUUAGCUCAAAAGGAAGGAAAGAAAAAGAAUUUAUUGGAUUUAGAAAUGGCAGAUUAUGAAAAGAGCAUCACAGAAUUGAAUAACCAAAUACAUAAGAAAGAUAAUGAAAUUGUAGAACUACAGAAUGACAUUAAAUGCUUACUUGAAAAAAACAGUGCUUUGCAGGAGGAAAUAAAAUCUACGGAAAUGCUGAAAAAAACUGAAGAAGAAAGAGCUGUAAACCUGAAAGACAUGUUAGAGAAAAUAAAAGUAGAUCUGAUGUCUGUUAGAGAGCAUGAAACAGAAUUGUUGGGACAGAAUUCUUCACUUCAAAUUCAACUAGAAAUAAUGACUCAAAAAGAAGAAAAUUAUAAACUACAUUUGUCUGAAACUUCUAUAGAAGCGCAAAAUUUAAAAGAAUCUAUCAAAAUGUCUGCUGAGAAUCAUCAAAGGAUUGUGAAAUCUCUUGAAUCUAAAAUUGCAACACAAAAACAGGAAAUUUUAAUUGCCCACAAAGAAGUUGAAAGUGUCAAGCAAGAAUUUGAAAAUUAUAAGAUUCGAGUUCAUAGUGUAUUGAAACAACAGAAAAACACUACUCCAGGAAUUACUUCUAUUGAAGCAGACUUGAAAGAAAAACUUGAAACUAUGAAUGAGAAAUUAAAGUUACAAAUAAAGGAUUUAAGUGAAAAGUCAACUGCUUUGACACUUGAAUAUGAAACACUUCAAGAAGAGCAUGAUAAUCUUUUGCAAAGAUAUAAUAAAAUUCUAGAUGAGAGAGAAAAGAAAGACUUAGAGUGGCAACAUAGGCUUGACCAAGUAACUGCUGAGAAAAACAGAAUAGCUGCUGCACAGGAAGAACUAUCAUCUCAACAUUUACUGCAAAAUGAGAUGUUAGUCGCAACUUAUAAGAAGCAGAUAAAAAUAAUGAGUGAAGAGCAUAAACGAACAAUCAGUGAUCUUCAAAAGCAAUUAGAUACUGCUGAUAUUGAAAUAUCACGCCUUCAAAGGGAACAACAAAAGCCUUAUGGAGCACCUUCUACUCCUUCUGUUCCUGAUAAUAAUGUUCCAUUUGACAUCUUUUCCCAAGAAAGACAAGAAGGAGAAGGCUCAGAAAGCACUGACGAAAUAACCACCCCUGUUCGACAAUUAUCACUUGCUACCAUUCCAACUUCUGGUUUCUUGCCAUUUGAUAAAUUGCUACAGUCACAACUUGAACCUGGAACCCCUGCAAGUCUUGCAUCUACACAUGAUUCUGAAAAAUUGCUUACUGAUUUAAAUGCUGCUAAUAAGAAAAUAGAUCAUCUCAGUGAGCUCUUGAAUGAUAGCGAAAGUGCCAACCUUCGAUUUGGUGAACAAAUAAGAGUUCUUAAGGAAGAAGUAAGGAGAUUGGAGAGAAACAAAGAAAGAGAACAACAUGCAGAGAAUUUAGAGUAUUUGAAGAAUGUUUUCAUUAAGUUUUCCACUUUACAACCUUGCAGUGAAAAGGCAAUGCUAAUACCUGUUUUGACUACAAUGUUAAAACUUAGUCCAAAUGAGCAACAACAGUUGAAAGAAAUUGCUGGAGAUGUUGAUCCAGCUGAGUCGGCCAGUUCUGGAUGGGGGAGCUAUCUUCAUCGGUGGUCAGGUCUUGCAUAAAGAAUUUGCAGAAGCAGCAACCUUGUAUUUAAAGCAGGCUCAUGAAAAUAGUGUUGGAACUUCAGUUUAUCUCAAAGUUUAUAUUUAAAAUAUUCUAUCUUUAUGUCUUUAAAAUAUAUUGAUUUUUAUAUUUUGCAGUAUCUGUUAGUCAUAGAAAUGAAUUUAAUGUUUCACUCAUUAACAUAUCUGUCACAACUUUUCUCAUGCUCAUAUUUGUAAACCUAAAUACAGAAAAAUCGACUAUUAACAUGCUCUGAGCCCAGCUAGGCUGGUCCUAGUUAGUUUUAUGCAAGAUUAAAUACAGUUACCUUUAUUUCAAAACUAAAUUAUUGGACAAAAUUUGAGAUUUUUACUGUAGUUUUCAAGUAAUUGCAGUUUUACAAAAUCUGUUGGGGAUUUAAUGGCGUAUGACACAGUGAGAAACAAAGGGGUGUAAACGUACUUCUUAAAGUUUGGAGUAAAAAAAUUUAAAGUUUAAACUGUGGAUAGGCUUUUACUAAAAACUUUCUAAAUCAUGCUGCACAGCAUCACUUUCCAGGGCUACAAUCAACAAUCUUUUUCCCCAAAACAGAUGAGAGUUUCUCUUAUUGUUUAUAUUUAGCUACGCCCAAAUAUUUAGUUUUGGCACUUACAUCCCUUUUGCUUCUAGGCGCUAGUUUUCCAUGUUUUAAACAUUGUUUUAUUUUUUCAAUUACUUCAGAUAAAUAUUGAUAUUGGUAUGCUUGCUAAAUACUAUUUAAUGGUAGUAUAAAUAUUUAGUUAGA